AUGGACAGCGGACCCGUGAACCUUGGCGGUCAUGCGAUAUCAAACGGCUCUGGAUAUGACGCCAGGAAACAUAUUGCUCGAGAGAUUGCUACGUAUCAGCAGGAGCUUCAGAAGUUGAAUUCUCAUCGCACUGCUUGCAGGUUGCCGGUCGAGAUCCUAAUGAACAUCUUUGAGGAAAUCCGAUUCACUACGCAGACUUUGGAAGACAGCCCCUUCCGGGAUACCAAUCCCUACAAGUGGAUUGUCGUCACUCAUGUAUGUUCCCUUUGGCGUAAUGUUGCUCUUCGGUCGCCGGCGCUAUGGCGACACGUUUAUGUGAUGGAGAGCGUCGAAUGGAUGACAGAAGUUUUCAGCCGCUCCAAAGACCUGCCCUUGGUGGUUGUAGUCCAAUAUUCUCCCUAUUCAACAGAACCAUGUCAGACGUUGGCAACCGUAUUACAGAAGAUGUCUCGGAUAUGCGACCUUCGCAUUUGUGCUCCAGCGGAUGUAUUGAAGAACAUUGCACAACUUAUGAACGGACCAGCGCCUCUCCUGCGGGACGUUAGCAUUACGUGCAACAUCGCUUGGUGCAAACCGCUCAGUUUCGGCGUUCUUCGCAAUCUCGAACAAUUGCCGGAUCUGCAACGACUCGAACUACGCGACAUCUCGUUUCCUUGGGGCAUCCCUCUUCCCCGCACGGUGCGCGAAUUAACUUCCCCCAUUUGUGAAACCACUUUGGGCGACAUGCUGCAGACCUUGGAUACAGUCCCCAGUCUGGAAGUACUCAGCCUUCAGAGCAACCCAUUUUCACUCGAUGACUAUCGAGAACUGGAAGAUCAUAGAAUAGUCUCCCUACCGUCCCUCCAGCUGCUGCAUUUCUCGGACGGCGAUAUGUCUCGUGUCGCGAGCCUGGUCGAUCAUAUCUCGUUUCCUUUGCAAACGAGCAUCAAGUGGACGUGUCGUCACCCGUUCGGUGAUGAAGGACAGUUCACCGCUCUAGUAGCGAAGCUGUUCACACGUGCGCAAUGGAAAGCCUUGCACAUCGGUCUGGAUACAUGGGAUAUCGUCAUCAGGGCCUCUGACAUCGAACAACCGUUUGGCUGGUAUAAUGGCAACGUCGGAUCAUCGACCACGCUGGAUUUUACUUGCACAUCCUUUCAGCCAUGUGACUUAGUGACCGCAUUCUGCAAGGCGGUCCCGCUGACCGACAUUCGUACGCUGGAGAUGUCAUGUUGUUUCGAUGACCUCGGCUGGAUGGAGUUAUUUGGUAAUUUGCCAAACCUGACCAAUCUGCAGGUGGUUGGUGACAUGGCGAUGUCCCUACCACGGGCUCUCUGGACUCGUCUCCGAGACGAUGGCAAUGGCUAUGUCCGUUACUUCGCACACGAUCUCCAUACGCUUGCUUUCGAGGAGGUUAACUUUGGGGCCUUUCGCCGGUUCCCUAGCGGUCUAGGGACACCGCGCGAUCUCUUGAGAGAGCUAGAGACCGCCAUUCUGAGACGGCGCGAACAUGGCAUAAACUUAAAGAAGAUAGCCUUCAGGUGCUGUUCUGACCUGGGCAAUCACAACCGUGAGCAGUGGGAGCACCUUGCCGAGAAGGUAGAGCACCACCACAGCGGGGAAGAGCUCACGGAUGCUGAUGAGGAUGGCUAUCUCUCGGAGGCGGACACAACACAAACUGACGAGGACGAUGAAGACUUCGACGAGGACAAUCAUAUGCCUGGCACAUACUACUAA